GUUGGCUGAUGUGCUUUAUUAUGGCAGGUGAGGAUGGAGCAGGCAGAGCAGAGUUCGUGCACUGAGGAUCGUAUUGAACACGUCCUGGAGAGAUGUCUGUGUGAUCUCGGACUAGACACUCCUAAUAAACAGCUCUGGAAUGCUGGACUGUGCAUCAACCGGUGGUGCUUGGAAGAACUGGUGAAGAGGAACUCUCAAAACUCUGUGAUUCUCCUAAACAAAAUACUGAAGAAAACUAAAGCGGUAUUAGAGCGGUGUGAGUAUGAGCUGGUGGUCCCUCUAACUCUCCUCUUCACCUCCACUCUUUUAAAAGCCCCUCACGUGCCUGCAGACUGCGGCCUGCUGCAGGAGGCCUACUCUCUUUUCCACUGUUUCCUAUCGUGGCCUGAGCCCUGCAGCUCGGCCUGUCGCCGUGUGCUGCUCACCCUGCAACGGGAGCUCAGGGCGCCAGGUAUAUCCUUCCAAAGGCUGGUGAGGACAGAGCACGGAGUUCCUAGUAACUCUCAAAGUUCGAAAACCAUGACGGUCCUGUUAGUGAGUCCAGAGGAGGACAUACCUCCGGAGGUGCAGUGUGCCUCUGUCCAGCUCAGUACGUCCCAGUCCUACAGCAGAGACAUCUCCAUCAGCCUCAUUCUCCAGGCUCUGCAGGCGGCGCGGGGGGAUGUGGACCUGCCAGUGGUGCACUCAGCACUGCAGACAAAGUCGUCUGAAGAGUUGGAUCAGCUGCUGGAAACACUGACUGUGAAUAUGGAGCAGAGUGCCUCCACAGACGAGCUGUCCAAAGCCCGACAGAGCCUUCAUCACAGCAUCAACACACUCCUGGAGAAACUCGCUGGAACACUGCAAACCUCCUUUAAUAUAGGUACAACUGAAGGUUUGAUACUACCUCUACCAAAGUGUCACAUAAGGACAUGGGAAAGCGACAACUUUGACUUUCUUCACAGUAUUAUCAUCAGUGAUGUGGCUGACCCUGAUUCCCUUGAUGAGUGCUUCUUGAAUGGAGACCUUGAUGACGCUAUUGUAGACGAGGAAGAUGAGACAGAAGCAAACCAACAAAAUGAUUUUUCAAAUAACCGCAUCUCCACUGUGUCAUCUACAUCUGGAGACUCAGUGCUCUCCGGUCGCUCCCUGUCCUCCAGCUGGUCUGUGUCCACCAUGUCCUGUUCUUCUGGGAUGGACAGUGAUUUCAAUGAGGAACAAGGUCACGAUGAACCACAAAAACAGAGACAGAAACCCAAGAAGAAAUCCAAGUCUUUUCUGGGUGUGGAGCGGUUUUCUUUAUUGUUUAAAACUCCUUGUAGCCCUUUGCACUGUCGCCGGGCUCGGAGUAUGGGCUGCCGAACUGAUCUACCAAGGAACAAAACACAAUCCAACCCCUCCUUAAGGCAGAGUCCAACAUCAGCUGGCUCUCCACAGAAGCACUUGUGUAUGCGUAGGAGACCCAUCCUAAGCUGUGAUCUGACAGAGGAGCCCGAGCAGGUGGUCCAAGUCCGAGUCGUGGUCUUUGGAGGGGAUAAAGAGUUGGGGAGGUUGGCUCGGGCAUACACAGACCUGCAGCAUACAGAUAGUAAACAACUUACAAAAAGAUGCAAACUACGCUUUUAUUUUGUACCUACCAGAAGGAAAAAUGUAGAAACCCAAGCAUUUGCAGAAACAGCAAAUGAAGGAUCAACUUCUGUGGAUCUCAUUCCAGAAAGCAGCAGUACUGUAGCUCAGAUGUUGGGAAUGGUGGACCCUUGGUACGAACGCAAUGUCCUCAGUCUGCUCAGCCUGUCUUCUGACGUUCUCUGUCAGAGUGCAAAUAAAGAUAGCGAUGAUUCAGGAUGCUGUGUCCCUACAAUGCGUCCUUCUCUGUUGGCGGAAAUGGUUCUGUACUACUGUCGACAUGCUGAUGAGACCAUCCUAGUGCAGCUCUACCAGGCUGAGCUGACUCUGUCUGGAGGAGAGAAGAGAGUGGAGGUGUUUGUUCAUUCUCUGGAGCUGGGACACUCUGCAGGGACCAGAGCAGUGAAGGCCAUGGGUGCUGUCAGCAAACGCUUGGGGAUAGACGACGAGCAAGGGGCUGCUCCUUUAACAUUAAACAUGGCUUACAAUAAGAUUGCUAUCAGUGGCAGGAGUCAGUGGAUUGAAGUGGACAAAGUUUGUACAUCAGUAAAUGUGUACAAAGCCUGUAGGAAACAUGAGCAGCUUGAGAGUCUUCAGCUGAUGAUGGCAGAGGUUCUAAAGAAGCAGUGCUCCAAGUCUAAAAGAAGCUUCAAACAGUUCUGCAUAUCAGAGGUGAAGGUGGACUGUGUGCAGGUGCAUGCUGGGAGUGAGGGCACUACAUUUGCUGUGUGUCUUGACCAGGAUGAGAAGAAGUUCUUUCAAAGCAUUGUCAGGUGUGAAGUGUCUCUAUGCAGUAAACCAGGCUCCUCUUCAGACUGGAAGACCUACAGGAUAUGCCCAGGACAAGUCCAGCCUCUGCACCCGUCCUACCGCUCCUUGCUUUGCCUGCCCCUCUGCUCCUUUUGCCCCUCUCAGCACUGAUCUGCCCCUCUGCUGCCUCUGCCCCUUUAGCAUUGAUCUGCCUCUCUGCUCUUUCUGCCCCUCUCAUCACUGAUCAGCCCCACUACUCACCUCUUGUCUGGACAGUUCUGGUUUUAAACAAUACGUCAAUUUUCCCACACAUAACAAAAAACACUCCCUGGAUUUAAUAUGCUGUACUGGAAUAACCCCAUUGGACCUUCAAACCCACUACAUCCCCUUCUCUGACCACCUGCUAAUUUCAUUCAAUAUCAACCUGUGUUUCAAAAAAUCCAACCCACCUUGCACUAUACAGUUCCGUAAUAUCAAGGACAUUAACCCGGACCAUUUCUCAUCACUCAUCAAUAACCUCCCCAGUGCUGAAGGCCUUUCUACAACAGAUGAGUUUCUUACACACUACAACACACACCUCCACCACAUACUCAACACCAUAGCCCCACUCAAAACUCGGUCCGUUUCAUUCACUCACUCUGCACCCUGGUACACCCCCGCCCUCAGACACCUCAAAACACAAGGCCGCAGACUGGAGAGACUGUACAGGAAAACUGGACUCACCAUACACAAAGACAUGUUCAUCUCACACAUCCUCCAUUACAAACAAUCCAUAUCCACAGCAAGAUCCACAUACUACUCAAAUUUAAUCAGUUCACAUGAAGGAAACUCAAAAACACUAUUCUCACUCCUCUCACAGAUCACAAAACCCCCGGACUCACUUCCACCUCACCUCUAUUCCUCAGAAUUUUACAAUAACCUGGCUGUUUUCUUCACCACCAAAAUUCAACUGAUUCAUCAGCAACUCAACCCCUCUGUUUCAAACCCACCUGUUUCAUCUUCCGCUUCCCCAAUGCACCUGCUUUCUUCUUUCACCCUGCCCUCUGUCACCCAAAUCUCUACUUUCAUUCGGAACUCCAAAUCCUCCACCUGUCAAUUAGACCCUCUCCCUACUGUCCUCAUCAAAACCUCCAUCCCUGUACUGUCCCCCCUCAUAACUGAUUUCAUUCACUCCUCUCUCACCUCCGGUACUGUUCCCUCCACCCUCAAAACUGCUGCCGUCACUCCGAUACUCAAAAAACCCGGUUCUGAUCCCUCUGACCUCAAUAACUUUCGUCCCAUUUCAAACCUACCCUUCAUUUCCAAACUCCUUGAGAAAACUGUUGCUGCCCACCUCCACACUCAUCUUUCCUCCAAUAACAUCUACGAACAAUUUCAAUCUGGCUUCCAUCCCCUCCAUAGCACUGAAACUGCCCUUUUGAAAAUCACAAACGACCUCCUCCUCUCUGCUGACUCUGGUUCACUCUCCAUCCUCCUCCUGCUAGAUCUCAGUGCAGCAUUUGACACCAUUUCACACUCCAUCCUCCUCGACAGACUUUCCUCCAUUGGUGUCUCUGGUACUCCCCUCUCCUGGUUCCACUCCUACCUCUCAGAUCGCUCUCAGUUUAUUCAGCUCAAGUCAUUCACCUCACACCCCUUCCCUGUCACAUCAGGUGUUCCUCAGGGUUCUGUCCUCGGUCCUCUGCUCUUUCUAAUCUAUCUUCUCCCCCUUGGUUCCAUCUUUAGAAAACACCACAUUCACUUUCACUGUUACGCGGAUGACACCCAGCUCUACAUUUCCAGUAAACUCAACUCUACACUUCCACCCUCCUCCCUGACAGACUGCCUCACAGAAAUACAAACCUGGUUCACCUCAAACUUCCUCAAACUUAACGGCAAUAAAACAGAACUCCUACUCAUCGGCACCAAAUCCACCCUAAGCAAAAUAAAUCCUUUUUCCAUAUCCAUUGAUGGCUCCUCUAUCUCCCCCUCCCCUCAGGUAAAGAGUUUGGGUGUCAUCCUCGACAGCACACUUUCCUUCACCUCCCAUAUCAACAACAUCACCCGGUCCGCCUAUUUCCACAUCAGAAACAUCCACCGCCUCCGUCCCUCACUCACCCCACACACCACCGCCAUCCUCAUCCAUAGCCUGGUCACUUCCCGUAUUGACUACUGCAAUUCUCUUCUGUUCGGACUCCCACAGAAAUCACUCCAUAAACUCCAACUGGUCCAAAACUCAGCUGCCCGCAUUAUCACACACACCCUCCCAUCACCACAUCACACCUGUCCUGCAACAGCUCCACUGGCUCCCCAUCACGCACCGCAUACACUACAAAAUCAUACUCCUCACAUACAAAGCUCUCCACAACCUGGCCCCUCCAUACCUGUCUGACCUCAUUCACAUCUCC